GACCCGAACUCAGCAGACAUGUUCUCCCUGUCGGUGAUGGUGGGCCUGGUUCCCAUCGUGUCGCUCUGCGGCCUGUUCUACUCGGCGGCGGUGGACGAGAACUUCCCCCAGGGCUGCACCAGCAGCAGCAGCCUGUGCUUCUACAGCCUGCUGCUGCCCGUCACCAUCCCCGUGUACGUCUUCUUCCACCUGUGGAGCUGGAUGGGCAUCAAGCUGUUCAGACACAACUGAGCCGCUCACGUUUAGCCGCUGCUGCUGCUUCCAUGGACGGUUCCACGUGUUUCCAGCACUGAUGAGAUAAAUAAUUGGCAGAUUUUAGCUGCUGCGUGGAAUAGCUGGAGCUAACAUGAAGAUGAUGCUAACAUCCGCUAGCUGUGUGUGUCACAUAGAAAGUAGCACAUUUCUAUAUUUUCAUGGAGAGUAAACUAAUAAAGCUCAAUAACAAACCCCCA